AUGUUCCACUGCUGCUCCGACGCCGACCCCGCGGGCGCCACCGAGAUUAGGACUCGGUCCUUCGAAGCGCCGGGGCCCAGUGAUGCCAAUGGUGGAGAGCGGGGACAACUGGAAGGUGUCGCCGCCCCGCCCCUACCCUCGGACUCCGUGCCUCCAGCAGCAGAGAUGAAGGCACCAGAGGUGGGCAGUUUCUCAGUGGAAGUGCCCAGCAAGGAGUUAUCCUAUUUGGGCUUGGACGUGGAUCAUGUGGCGCAAGGCAACGGCGUCAUGAUCCGCAGCAUCACCGAGAAGGGCGCGGUGGAGGCCUUCAACACGGCCGUGCCAAGCCAGAGCCUUCGCCCCUACGAUGUGAUCGUAGCCUUCAACGAUGUGUCCACCUUCGAGGGAAUCUAUGAGAAAGUCAAGUCGCUGAUGCCUGAGAAG